UCUCUGGGCUACAAGAGUCCGCCAGCGUCUCAGAGUAUAUAAGACGAAAGGGCCCGAGGUAGAAGUAAUCCUUUCCAGAGCGACCAAUACAUCAUCAACUCAAGAUCAACAGCUGCCAGACACAUUCCAACAAAGCGCUGCACUUUUAUUAAACGAACCCAAAGUCAACUUCAGGAACCAGCACCAUGGGCAAAGUGGUCAUCGCAGCGGGAGGCUCAGCUCUGGCCCGGGUCAUCAUCGACAAGCUGGUCGCAGACGACAAACACGACAUUCUUGCCCUUGUCAGGAGCGACAUCAACAACUACCCCUCACUUCCCCGUGUCACGUGGGCGCAGACGACGUACGAGGACAAGGCCGAGCUCGCCGAACUGUUCCGGGGCGCAAUAGCCGUCCUCAGCUUCGUCGGCGUCCUCGACCCGGAGGCCCAGCUGGAGAAGCGCCUCGUCGAUGCGGCCGUCGAGGCUGGUGUCCCGCGGUUCGCCCCCAGCGAGUGGGCAAUGGGCAAGAACCUCGAGACCGCCAUUGUCAACUAUUCCUGGUACGCCGGGAAGCUGGCGAUGCGCGAAUACCUGCGGGAGCUGAACGCCAAUGGAAAGGUCAUCGAGUACUGUCUCUUCCAACCCGGCAUCUUUCUCGAGUUUCUGAGCUGGCCCCACCGCGCAAACAAGCACAUCGCCCCCCUCCCGGGUCACAUGUUGAUCGAGGAGCACCGCAUCAUCGCCAUGGAGGGCCACAUGGACGACGAGUUCUCCCUGACCUCGGUCGAGGACAUCGCGGCCGUCGUCGCGGGCGCGCUCGACUACAAGGGCGAGUGGCCGGUAUAUGGCGGCAUCAGCGGCCAGCGGCUCACGUACCAUGAUGUGCAGAGGAUUGGUGAGAAAGUUCGUGGGAAAUCAUUCCAGAUUGAUCUCGUCAAGAAGGAGGACCUCGAAGCGAAUGUCAUCAAGGUCGAUGGCCUCAGGACGCUCGAGAUCCGUGCAAUCCCAAAGGACCAGUGGGAGUCUUUCACCAAGAUUGCGAUUAUCGGCACGCUGCUGUCCAUCCACAAGGGAGGCUGGAAUGUGCCGGGCACGUGGAACGAGCUGCUGCCGGAGCUCAAGUUCGUCCAGCUCGAGGAGCUUGCACAAAGGCUAUGGGGCAAGCAGUAGAUUGGCAGGACGCAACGCGGUAAAGAUCUGCAAGAGCUGGCAAUAGUGUCGUGGGGCUAGAGAUGGGAAUCGUGCGGGUCGCGGCCGAGUGUUUGUUGGUGCUGGCCAGGACGGUAGGGCAGUCUGUGAAGAUAGGCCGAACAUGUUUUAAUGGGGAUGUUGAAUCGUCCGUGCCGUCGGCUAAUUCAAGCCCGCCAGUCUCUUCUGCCAAUUUCACAAGCCUAUUUAGUCAGCGUGUCGUCGUUGGCUCGCCGUGUGUCGGAGCCGAAGGAGAGUCCCACCUCGACAGCUACUUCGGCUGAGCCCGAUCGAGAUGCGACCCUCUAAGCCAGAUUGAGAGCUACCCCAGCCGCACGACAAUGCCAAAUCAGCUCG